AUGGUAGAAAAUGUGACUUCUAGGAGGAGGCUAUGGCGGAGGAGGAGGAGGCUAUGGCGGCGGAGGACAUGGCGGGGGAGGACUAGGAGGAGCAGGAGGCUUUGGCGGAGGCGGCACCGGGUUCUACGGCGGGGGCGGAAGCGUGCCAGUAUAUCUGACGAACGUCCCAACCUACAGCCUGAACGUGGUGCAGGAUGUCCACAGUGGAUACUCCACAGGCGUGGUGGGCCCUGGGGCCUUCGGAGGCGGCGGAGGAUAUGGCCACAGGAAAUAACUAUGUUAUACAGCCAUCGCGUAUGGUGUCAGCGAAUGAAUGAAUAAAUGACCUCUGGCUGUAGGGUGAAUGGGAUGAAUGAAUGAAUGAAAUCUAAUUAGGCAGUGAAUGGCUUUGGUGGCUCUUAAACGCUGGUAGAAGAAAUGCAUGGAAUGGGAAUCCUUUGUUAUUGUUAACAGAACAUUUUGGUUGAGUUAUUUUUUUGGAUAUUAAACUUUUAGUAAAUUUUAAGGAAAGAUAUUGUUUUGACUUUUCCUCUUUGUAUUCACUCUUGAGAGGCUAUUGCAUAAUGGAAAUAUGUAUAGGAUACUGCAUGGGACUUAUUUUCCUUGAUAAAAACUAAGGCAUUCAGCAAAACCUGAGCACAGAGGAAUCCAUCUACAUACCCUAUUAUUUUGGGCCUAAAGGCAGAAGGCAGAAAAUUCUACAAGACUUUGCACUAAUUGCUCUUCCUUUUUAAAUGUCAUAUAUAUCUUCUUCACUGUCCCUUCCUAAAGAUAUCAUUUGUUACAUCCUUCCUUGCCACACAAGGAGGCCGCAGUUAAUUAUUCAUAAACUGAAUUCAAGCCAAAGGGAACUGAAGUGAUUAA